CGUCCGCUGGGCUUUCUCAGAACCUUCCUUGUUGGAACAGACUGAAAACAAUGUGGGCACUGGCUUUAAAUUUGUGAGAAUUGGGCAAUAAUUUACUUGGGUGUGAUGCUUUUCUACUGUGACUCCUUUGCAUCUAGAUUGUCAUGGCAGGGGAGGCAGAAUUCCUACCUGCUUGAUCGGUUGCUUGCAGCUGAUCUUCAAAUAAAGACCGAACAAUUUUUGAAGGCCACUCAGAGAAAAACUGAAGACUUCUUCAGCAAAAACUCCAGAGUAGAAAUGAAUACAGAUAGUGGUGGGUGUGCUCGCAAACGUGCUGCCAUGUCUGUCAAAUUAACUGCUGUGAAGAGGGUUCAGAGUUCUCCAAACCUAUUGACCGCAGGACUUGAUUCACACUCUCCAGAUUCAGCUUGGAGAGCAUUUAACAAUGGGAGUAGAGAGACACUGGAUGGAGACACUAGCAGCUCCUCUCUUGCAGCAAAAGGCUUUCGAAGUGUCCGUCCAAAUCUUCAAGAAAAGAAAUCGCCAGUUCAGCUUGGAAACCAGAAAGUAACUGCCCAUGUGAUGGAGGUAAAUGCUUCACAGACCCACAGACAAACUUCAGCUGAAGCGUCACCACUGCCUCCUCCUCCUCCUCCUCCUCCUCCUCCUCCUCUGGUAUCGAUUAACAGACCCUCUCUCUCACCCGACAGUGGCACCCACGUAACAUCAUUUAUUUUGCCAGCACGUGAUGACUUUUGGCCUUCACGCUUUUAUAGAACCCUGGCCCUGUCACGCUUCUCAUAUGCAUACCCGUUCUUAGCUCCUCCUGACAAUAUUAUCCAUAGGACUGAGACGGCCUCUGUCAUGACAGACUCGGCCAUGAGUGAGUACUCCUCUUGCACGGCGAGCGAGUCCUGCACGGCCAUUCUAGACGAACUGCAGAGUUGUCACUAUGAUACUACUGACCGUUCUGAAACACCUUCCCCAACUCUGAGCCAGAUGUCUGCCGUGUCAGAUGGCACCACCUUAACCACCGCUGCUACCGGCUCUCAUGCUCAUGUAACAGUGAAUGGGACCUCUAGCUCAGCUGUCAGCCCAAUGAGUCACUUUCAAAGGCCGUUCUCCCCUUCCUUGGCAUAUUCCCCACCAACCUCACUCAAUUCAAGCACAGUUCUCCUACAGCAUAGCAGGACGAUGGAAUCCACAGAGACGUACUCCCAGCAUGCGCAUUCUGUUGGCGGCGGCAGCACUACCAGUACAAUACCGAUCUGUAGAACUUCUGAAGAAGAGAAGAAAGUUACAGUCAUUAAAGCUCCACAUUAUUCAGGGAUUGGCCCAGUUGAUGAAUCAGGAAUCCCAACUGCAAUUAGAACGACAGUUGACAGGCCGAAGGAUUGGUAUAAGACGAUGUUCAAGCAAAUUCACAUGGUUCACAAGCCAGAUGACGACACAGACAUGUAUAAUACUACAUAUGCAUAUAAUACUGGUAACUUCAGCCCGUCCUUUUCCACUCAAGCACAUCCUGCUGCAAAGACUCAGACGUACAGACCGCUGACAAAGAGCGCUUCAGACAAUAGCACUGAAGCCUUUAAGGUCUCCUCCCCUGUGCCUCCAACACCUCCAGCACCACCAAUUCGUCCACGGCAAAGAUCUGCACCAGAAAAAAAUGACUGGGACCCUCCCGAUCGAAAAGUGGACACCCGCAAAUUCCGUUCUGAACCAAGGAGCAUUUUUGAGUAUGAACCAGGGAAGUCUUCAAUUCUUGAACACGAAAGACCGACUGGUCGCAUAAACCCAGAUGACAUAGAUUUAGAAAAUGAACCCUGGUAUAAAUUCUUUUCAGAGCUGGAGUUUGGACGCCCGCCUCCUAAAAAGCUCUUGGAUUAUGUUCAAGGCAGUCCUUCAGGUCUUUCCAAUGAGACUUCCUUGUAUUACAGUCCAACAGACAGGGCCUUGGAUAGACCACCUAGUUCUGCAAGUACUGCAAGUGACUACAGGAAAAGGAGGAAGUCAGAACCUGCGCUGGUUCACCAGAAGGCACAAAGUGAGCAGAAUGCAAACCGGGCCAGUCAGGGCCGUCCAGAUACACAGAGCACGUCCUCUACCCUUAGAAAGCCUGUCGCUAGCUCUUCUCCAUCUUCUCCAUCAAGAGCAAAAGGUGGGGAUAUUAGCAAAGCAUAUUCAUCCCUUUCCGGUUAUUCAGUGCCCAACCACAGCACCUCAAAUGAAUUAGAUUACUGUAGUAGAACCUAUGGGCAGCGUUUGGCUGUCCCAAGUGACUCAAGAAGGGCAAUCAGCUAUAAAAAUGGCUGGCAGAUGUCCCGCCAAAAUGCAGAAGUCUGGAGCAGCACAGAAGAAACUUCCUCUCCCAAGCGGAAAUCUCGUAGCUGUGACGACCUGCUAGCAGACGAACACUGUCACUUUCCUGACCCGCAGAAUAAGUCAGAAAGCAUGGUGUCUCUCUUAUGUGAGGAAGAUUCCAAAGGUGGAUCUUCACUUCCCUGGGCCUCUCCAUAUUCUGAGAGCCGUGGUUCCGGUAGGUCAAGAGCCCGCCAUCGAUCCGCACACGAUGCCCCUGGCUUCCUCAAAAUGUAUAAAAGAAUGCACCGCAUCAAUCGUAAAGACUUGCUCAAUUCAGAGGUGAUUUGUUCUGUGAAGUCCAGGGUAUUGCAGUAUGAAAAAGAGCGGCACAGGGGCCUUUUGCAGGGCUGGAAGGAAUCCUCCGCUGGGGAAGUGCCCAGAGAUAUGGUGCCCAAUAGAAUAUCUGAAUUUGAGAAACUAAUUCAGAAAUCGAAAUCGAUGCCAAAUUUAGGCGACGAAGCAUUAUCCACAGUAACCCUCCUUGAACCUCCUACAAAUGGUUUGUAUGGAAAGCGGCGGUUUUCUAUUGAGUCCUUGCUGGAGGAGGAAGAUCACAGUCGGCAUGCUGCUCAGGUACCAAGGAACCGCAAAUCUAAAACCGUGGUGCCAAUUCAUAUUGAAGUCACCAGUGAGGAUCCACAGAGAUCUCAUUUAGAAUAUUCCGACAGUGACCAAGAUGGAGUGGUCUCUGACCUCAGUGACUUCAUACAGAUAGAAGGCUCUUCUUUCUGUAGCGAAAGCGAUUUUGAUCACUUUUCCUUUACAUCUUCUGAAAGUUUUUAUGGGUCAGCCCACCAUCACCAUCACAAACACCUGAUCAGCUCCUGCAAGGGGAGAUGCCCAGCAUCGUAUACUCGCUUCACCACCAUGCUGAAGCAUGAAAGGGCUAAACAGGAACCGACUCCUGAAGAGCCUCGGAGACGAGACCCCGACCCCGGCCUCUCCAAGAUCGCAUUCCUAGUCAGCCCAGUGCCUUUCCGGAGGAAAAAAACGACAGCUCCCCAAAAGCAGGCUGAAAAGACUCAAUGCAAAUCUUCUGUCUUUGAAGCCCUGGACUCUGCUCUUAAAGAUAUCUGUGACCAAAUCAAAGCAGAAAAAAGGAGGGGCAGCUUGCCCGAUAACAGUAUAUUGCACAGGCUUAUUUCUGAGCUGCUUCCAGACAUUCCUGAAAGGAAUUCCUCCCUUAAAGCUCUUAGAAGGAGUCCAAUUCACAAGCCUUUUCAUCCACUGCCUCAAGAUGGUGCUAUUCAUUGCCCAUUGUACCAGAAUGAAUGCGGAAGAUUACCUCUCAGUGCCUCUUACCAAGACAUGGAUCCAGUGAACAACAGUAGCCAAGAAAACGAUAGUGUACUGUGUUUCCAAGACCAGGGGUCUCCUGGGAACUAUUCUUCAGCUUUCACUGAUGUGGGUCGAUGUACUCCAAAGGAAAGAAGAGGAACUCCAGAGAGAGAGAGACUGCCAGCUAGAGCAGUAUAUGAUUUUAAGGCUCAAACCUCUAAGGAACUGUCCUUUAAGAAAGGAGAUACUGUCUAUAUCCUCAGGAAAGUGGAUCAAAACUGGUAUGAGGGCGAGCACUAUGGAAGAGUUGGGAUUUUUCCUAUUUCUUAUGUUGAGAAACUCACUCCCCCCGAAAAAGCACAGCCAGCAAGGCCACCACCCCCUGCACACAUUGGAGAGAUUGGAGAAGCUGUUGCCAAAUAUAAUUUCAAUGCCGAUACAAAUGUGGAACUGUCACUGAGAAAGGGAGACAAAGUAAUUCUUCUCAGACGAGUUGAUCAAAACUGGUACGAAGGCAAACUACCAGGAACCAACAGGCAAGGCAUCUUUCCUGUGUCCUAUGUAGAAACCGUGAAAAAGAACACAGCUAAAGGGGCUGAUGAAUAUCCCGUUCCUCCAAUACCCCAGAGCUAUUCCAGUGACAGAAUACACCAUUUAGGUUCAGCUAAGCCACAGCGCCCUGUGCUUGCUCAUGAAAAUAUACACAGUGGGGGGGAACCGUUUCAGGUUCUAUAUAACUAUACUCCUAGGAAUGAAGAUGAACUGGAGCUCAGAGAGGGAGAUAUCAUUGAUGUGAUGGAAAAGUGUGAUGAUGGAUGGUUUGUGGGAACCUCCAGAAGAACAAAAUUCUUUGGUACUUUCCCUGGAAACUAUGUCAAGAGGCUGUGAAAUUUUGUUUUAUUUUUUCCUACUUAUUUAUGCUGCAUCUCUGCAACACAUCUGCAUAUAAAGCUGCUAGAAAAACAUGCUCCACCAGCCUUCUGUUUUCCUGCUUUGCAGUACCGAGUAGAAGCCAUCUAGCUCAUCUCCACCACCCCAUCUUCAUCUGCCAGCCCAGCAGUAUUACCGUUAACGUCCACGAUGGAAUAACGGAGGUGGUUCCCUUAGGGAAUGAGGAAUUAGUUCAACCUUUAGUACAUUUUUUCCUAAGCCCCUCCCAAUUUGAAACACGUAACUAAGAGAAAAGCUUAAUGGAAGGGUCAGCACGACACUUCAUGGAAUAACCCAUAUUCACUAAGGGGGGAAAAAAUGUUCACCUCUUACUGACAGCAGAUGGUGGCUUUCAAGUAUUUAAUUGUUGUUUGAGACCUUCACGUUCUUUUUAUGCAUACGGUACUUUGACUUUGCUGUGUCACAAGUUUGCCUGUUUUACUCAUUUGUGAUACAAGGUAAUUACUAAAAUAAGGCAGUUGGUUGCCACGUCCGUGUAUGUUGCAACAUAUGCAGAGUGACUGAAAAGGUUCAAGAAGGAAUCAAUCAAAAGAGAGAAAGUGAGAACACUUGAUAAAGUCACAGUUUCCAGUUGCACUUCAUAGGGCUUGUGCCAAUGUCCACUGAGAAAGCUGGGUCAUAAAUUGGUUUGCUUUCUAAAUAAGGGCACCUUCAGACAGUAUGCACAAUUGCAUUUUCAACAGAUGCUGUCAGUGCAGUGCAGGAUAAAUGUGGAAAUCCUCAUUAAAUAUCUUCAUGUGUAUAGGAAAAUGCAACAAAUGAAAAGGCAUCUCGCUUUCUGCCCUGGAGCAUGUUAAGGUCCUAAGUGGAGUCCCUCUGCACAGAGCCGUGGGCACUGCCAGUGCAAGAACAUCAUUAUGUAUCAGUCUCUCUAGAGAAAAUGUACAAGUUCCUAUUCCCAUCACUAAUAGUAUGCAUGAAAUGAGAAAGACACUCAUAUAUCCUAUAUUUAUCCAUAUCAUUAACAUCUGACGCAUCUCCAAAAGAAAUUGAGUUUACUUCUUGACAUUAAGGAAAGUACAGAAGGCCUAACGUCUUGGGAAAUCAUGGACAAUUAUGAAGUAUGCCAACAAUGCAAGUGAUUUAUGACAUACAUUUCUCUGCUGUAUUGACAAAUGAUGUCGUAGGAGCAACACAACAUUUGAGAAUCUAGUAUUCAAAAUUCAUCUUUUUUCCAAAGUUUUGGCAAAAAAAAAAGUUAACACAAUGGUUUUUUUUUAAAACAUGGCUGCCAGAAACAAAAUACUUGCAACAGUUUCACAUGCUGAUAUUAUUUUGCGACAUAUAGAAGAACAUACAAUAUACAUCAAAGUUAUACUUUUUCCUAGCAAUAUAGUAUUAAAACAAAGUUACAAACAUGAGAACUAAUACAUGUGGGUGGAUUUUUAUUCACAAAACAGGGUUGAAUAUUUGAACACAGUUUUCAUUUUCCUUAUGCAAAGAUAGGCAUAAAUAGCAUAGGAUAAGGAACACAAAACUUAUCAUAUCUACAGCUUUAUGGAAAACAGUUCAAAGUUUGUUUUGCUGGCACCUUAUAGAAGAAAACAGUUACUGUGUUUCUUUUGUGGUAAAGGACAGAUCUCACAACUAUUCGUAGUCUUGUAGCAUUUUGUACAUAUGUUUUGCUUUUUGUACAGAGCCAUUUAUUGUUGAUUUUUUUCCUCUGAAAAAAAUCAAGUUGUUUAUUUGAUUUUCAGGCCCCCCAUCCCAUUAAUAAAACAUCUCAUUUUCUUUACUUGCCCCCCCUUCCCAUGUAUAAGCACAUUUGGAUAGUGCAAUUCUGUAAAAUAACACUUUAUGCAAAAAACAUUAUUAACUAUGAUAUGGUUUUACCAGCCAAAUCUUUAAAAAAAGUACAUAUGUCUUUAUUAUGGAGAAAUGUCAAUAAGCCAGAUAAAGAAACAUCUUUGUGCUGCAUACCUUUAUUACUGCAAAUUUCAUGGCAAAAGCUUGAUAUUUCAAAGGCUUUCCAUUAUAAACUAGAUGUGCAUGCAGCUUUGCUGUGAGAUUAAUACCUAUCUUUGAUGCCAUUUAUGAUGGAAAACUUAAACGUAUGUUGCCUGUGAUAUUUUUUUAAAAAGCACUGUUUCUACUCUGUAUCUGAUUUUAAUAGAACAAGUUUUUCAUACCUGGCUUUCAGGUACUUGACUUUGAAUUCUUACAUGCAAAAGGGUCUCUGUCUCUUCCCCCCCCUUGAAUAGACUUCUAAUAAAAUUUGCUUGGAGUA